AUGUAAAGCUUGAUCGAAAAGAAAUUCUUCAUGAUAUUAAAGAUGCGUGAACUCUUGAAUCCGCUUCUCGACUUAAGCAUACUCAAAUCCUAACAAUCCACCAUGGCUGUAUCUCAGGCUGCAAAUAUCGUGGAGAAGGUGAUUGGUCACGAUGAUAACGCGACAAUUACCACUGAUGUGAGCAAUUAUAAGAAUGAAUAUGGCAUGGAAAGUGGCCCUUUGAUCAAGGCCACUACCUGGCAGGGCAAGAACAAGGUCGCCGUGGUGGAAAUGCCAAAGCCGAGAGUAGUUGAUCCAGGUGAUGUGAUUGUGAAAGUGACCGGGAGCACGAUCUGCGGAAGUGAUCUCCAUCUGUAUCAUGGCGUCAUCCCCCAACUUCAAAAGGGCGAUGUACUAGGCCAUGAGUGCUGCGGCGUUGUCGACAGCGUAGGGCCCGAGGCAACCAAAGUCAAAGCCGGUGACCGAGUGGUAGUCUCCUUCCCGAUCGCCUGUGGUCAUUGCAAGAACUGCGACAGAGAACUAUACUCGCAGUGCGACAACACCAAUCAGAAUAGUAUCGCUAAUGCCAUGUACGGCAAUAGAACUGCCGGCAUGUUUGGCUAUUCCCAUUUCACAGGCGGGUUUGCCGGUGGCCAAGCAGAAUAUCUCCGUGUGCCCUAUGGAAAUACCAAUCUUUUCCCAAUCCCGGACGACGUCCCAGACGAGAAAGCACUUUACUUAUCAGAUGUGAUCGCGACAUCAUGGCACUGCGUUGUCGACACCGGCGUCAAACAGGGAGAUGUGGUGGCCAUCUGGGGUGGCGGACCGAUUGGCCAAAUGUGCGCCGAAUUCAGCUUCUAUCACGGCGCAAGUCGAGUCAUUCUCAUCGAUGGUGGUGAUGGAGCUUGGCGCUUGGACUUUGUAAAAAGCAAGGCUCCCAAGCUCGAGACGAUCGAUUAUACAAAGCUCCCCAGGGGUGAGUCGGUUACGUCGAAGCUGAAGCAGAUGGUCGAUGGUGGACCAGACGUGGCGCUGGAAUGUGCGGCGGGAGAGUAUGCUAAGGGGUGGGCACAUUAUUUUGAAUUGAUGUUAGGUAUGGAGACGGAUAGUUCGGAGAUUCUGAACGAGAUGAUCACGUCGGUCAGGCCGUUUGGACGUGUGGGUGUUACGGGAGUCUACGCGGGAUAUACGAACCACUUCAAUAUUGGAGCGCUUAUGGAGACGGGAAUUCGAUUCAUCGGAAAUGGACAGGCACCCGUGCAGAAAUACUGGAAAGAGCUCAUGGGCCUAAUCCAGGAAGGAAAAAUCAAUCCACUGGAUAUGGUGACUCAUCGCAUCCGCUUGGAGGAUAUGGAGCAACUCUAUGCAGCAUUUGACAGGCGAGACCGCGGCAUGCAGAAGGUUUUUGUGCAGACGAAGUACUCGGCUCCCCCUUCUGCCGGGGCACCCACUUUGACGGAGUUGUAGUGAAUGAUUGGAUGAAAGUACCAAAUUGGUUUGAGAUGAUCAAUGGGCUGUUGAGAGUGUGGCUUUUUUCCUGGGACAGAUGCAACUCUGAGAAUACACUCGGUCGAGAGUGUAUGGUUUUGUACAUUGUACCGUACAUAAAAGACACACACACCUCUUACGUUAUGGACAACCGAAAAUUAGUAUUCAAC